AUGACUGAGAUAAAGCGAAGUAGUGGCGAGAGCGUGGGCACAGAGAAGAAUAAGAGUGUUGAGGAACUGGUUGACUCGGAUAAGAGCUAUCAAGCAGGAACAAAUGUAGGUCUCGUGAGCGGUGCUAAGAUAGUGGAUAACCUGAAGAAGAACUCGGACAUGGACCCAGAGAAGUAUAGGAAGAGACGAGGUUCGGGCGUGAGACGCCACGGAAUUGAUGCCUACACGGUUAUAAUCAUAGCCAAGUAUCUGGCGCAAGAUGGUCAUGUCAAAACCAAAACCAAGGAAAAGCUCGCCAACGCAGAGGACCAUAAGAUGUGUAGCCGGGACUCCGAUUACGACGACGACUAUCAAGAAAAAACCGACAGCAGGGCGAAUCCGAAGCUCACUGGCAGGGGCGAAUCCACGGAAGGGGAUAAUGCCUUCUAUCUCUUCGAUAACAAGCGGUGA